AUGGAAUUUAUUUAUUUUCUAGGAAAGGAAACAAAAGCGCCCGCAAAGAGGAUAACACCACUGUUUCAAGUGGCUUACGAUAGAAGCCUUUGUAAGCCUUUGGGUACACUGUUCGACUUCAACAAAAUUCGUGUAAAGAAUGUAACGACUGCACCCAUUACUUCUCGAAGCCCUUCACCGGUUUUGAUGGAAAGAAGUCCACAACAGGAGAGUAUAGUUAGAGAGACUCCUAAGCCGGUGCCCGUUAAGAAAUCGGAAAAAAGACAAAAUGCGUUACUAAUAUUCGAGUUCUCCACAGCUUAUCCAUUCAUUUAUGGAAACAACAAGUUCAAAUGCUUCAUUUGUACGCAGCCGUUUUUAGACAUAACAGUCCUGAGAGAUCAUAUGGCGAACGUACAUACGUUCGCCUCCCUAAAACGAUUGUUGAACAAUAAAAAAGAAUGCGUGUUAAAGGUGGAGGUCAGCGAUUUGGCCUGCAAAAUAUGCUCGUCUCCCCUCAAUGAUUUGGUAGAAAUCAAACACCAUUUGAAAUCAAUACACCAGAAACCAAUUGAUGCCGAACUCAAAGAUAACAUGAUACCUUUCAAGCUGGAAUUACCGAGCUCAUUUGACUGCGUGAUAUGCAGCCAGAGCUUCAUCAAACUACGACCGUUGGUCAUCCACAUGAACGUCCAUUUUAAUAACUACAGUUGCGAAAUUUGCGGGACUGGUUUUAUGACGUUACGUCUUCUGAAAACACAUUUGGAGGUGCACGAGAGCGGCAGUUACCCUUGUGAUAGGUGCGAUAAAGUGUUCAGUACCACUCAUAAACGGUCUAUACAUGUACGGGGCGUACACUUAAAGCAGUACCCGCGUAGGUGUCCGAUGUGUCCAGAGAGAUUCAAUUCGAACUAUCGAAGGACCAUUCACUUGCAGGACGUGCAUCACCAGUCAACGCGUGUCCACAAAUGCGAGACUUGUGGUCGUGCGUUUCAUUUGAAGUAUCACUUGAUAUGUCACAAUCGUUCGGUGCAUUUGCAAGAGAGGAAUCAUCAGUGCAAGAUUUGCACGCAGAGGUUUUGCAAUAAGGAAACUCUGAAGCGUCACAUGGUCAUACAUACGGGUGAGAAGAAUUAUAAAUGUGACUUUUGUGGGUUGGCCUUUUUGCGGCGGAAAAAUUUGAAAGAUCAUUUGAGGAGUCACGAUGUUGUGUGAGUGGAUGCAGUUGGUACUGCUGGAGCUGUGGAUCUGGACAAUUUCUGAUUUAUAUCGUAACUAGUGGAAGAAUCUCGUGUGCUUAAUAUGGCGUUUAAUUGAGGUAUUUGCUACCUAGCUUCAGCGUGCGACUCUCAUCACCUUCUCUCAUGUACGCAUUUAACAUUCGCUCGAACGGUGAUGGAAAACAUCGUGAGGAAACCGGCGUGCCUUAGACCCAAUAAAAUCGGCGUGUGUUCACCUACUUGCCUAUUAGAUUGACAAAUGAUCAUAGAACAGAUACAAAAAUCUGAGGCCCAGACCUAAAAAGGUGGUAGCGCCACUGGUUCGUUUGUUUUUUUGGCUAAAAAUAGCCUAACGUUAAUAAACACAAAAAGUUAAUUGAAAAGCUUUCAGCAUUUGUCGCGCUCCUAAACAAGACAGCUAUACAAACAUUUAUACAAACCGCGGUGGUUUUUAAAUUUUUUGGCGAUGAGUGAAACUAGUGUUUCACACACCCCCCACAGGGGGCAAAUUGAUUUCUAAGGGGGGCUCGGCUUCUUUGUUUCAAAAAUUAACUUCGGUGUUUUGUUAAUUUUCCUAUUAAUUUCUUCCUACAAUCAAUAUUUUUAUAUUAAACGUUAUGUUUAUGGGGCUUAACCGUUUUAGAAAGGCAAAAGUGGCGCAGAAAUGGUUGGGUAACAUAACAAAGUGUAUAACAGUCAAAACGACGACAUCGUUUAGAACAACAUACAUAUAUUGACCAAUAUCAAUACUCCCGGCUGAAUUAUAUGUAUUAGGUACUUAAUAACAACGACAUCGUAUGUUACGAUCCAAUCCAAGUCCUGUCGAUGUCCUUGAAACAGAUUUUGACUAUAUUUAUGACAGCUACCUAUUUAUAUUCAAAGUAGAUUUCCGUUUGUCAAAAAAGUGGAUUGGAAUCCGACCAAAGUUGAGCCUUGAUUGAAGAUUGACUGUAAGCCCCACAGUGAUGCUGGGCGUCUGUUACUUGUAGCCUAAAAUAUAUAAUGCUUGUUCCUCUUGCUAUAAGCCACUUCAGUGAGUUGCAGUGUCAUGCAUUUAUUGAGUGACAGUACAAAGACGGCGUGUUUUAAAUUAAGGAUUUUAACCGAUGUUAAACCGACAAAUAACUAGAUUGCGUUAUGCAUUCUGUAAAUGGAUAUGUUAUUCAUGAGGUAUCAUUAUUAUUUAAUAUAAUAUCUCAGUAGCAUCACCGGGAUUUUGGACGAACUUUUAGGACAUUUAAGCCGCAUUAGACAGUCAAAGUUAAUACGUUGGUCUAAUUUUAGUCUUACAUCAGAAUUAUUGAAUGUGUACGUCGCAGCCUUAUUAGCUGUUUAAUUAACAGCCUAGCCUUUUAACUAAACCGUGCCGUUUAACUAGCGGCCUGAAACAUAUUAAGUCGUAGCGUUUGUUACAAUAUUUAAUAAAGUGCUUGAGUCAAUCACAGCUAAAUUCGCUCUACCAUUGUUCUUGUUGUUUUUUCAUUGUUUAAUGGAAAACACCAUCAAACGCCAUAUUGACAGUUUGAAGAGUUUCGUUUCUAGUAUGAGAGUGGUAGAAUCAUUUGCCUAGCUGUUUGAUCAACUGGCUGAAUAUCUUUGAGGCCGUAAGUUAAACGGCGCUGUUUAGUUAAAAGGCUAGGCUGUUAAUUGAACGGCUAACUAAGCUAGUUGUCUGCGCCUUAUAUAAUAAGCGCUGGUCGCCACCGAAUGAAAGAUUUUACGUAUAUUUGUUUAGUUUAAUAUCAAAUUAAUAGAUCAAUGUCUUAUGUCAAAAAAACUAUGAUUUUACAAUUAUGAUUAUGAUUUUAAAAACUAUUAUAGUAUUAUACAAAUUACCUAAAAAAAUCAAAUUAAACAUAUGUUUAUAUAACUUGAUAUGAUGGCGUCUCGCCAGUUCCUAAAACAUACCGUACCUUUAAACGCGUGUAUCUAUUUGGAUCCAUUACAGUCUCCAAUUAAAUUCCAAGAUUCAAAUUAAAUUUUAGGGAUUUUGAUAAAUUAAUAAACGUUUACAAGCUAUUUUAUUGUAUAAACCAUGUUUCAUUCGAACUAAUCUUAAUAACACUCAAAUUAUGGUAGUGUUAAAUGGCCAUUAGACAUUAUUCAUAAAAAAUUGUUACUAGAGUAGUUUGUCUCUUUCUAUCAAAUUGUGUUGACGUGUGAUCAAAAGAGACGGAUAUCGAGAUUACGAAAUUGAGACAGCGAUAUAUUGAAAUCUUUUAGAGUGAACAGGACAACAAUUAUUUGUUUGACUUCAUUAACUGGAGUCAAAUAAAUUUUAGUAUUUCGUUGAUGACAGUGGUAAUCAAUAUGUAUCUGAAUUGUAAUUGUAAUUUCGAAGCUCUGUAAUAAAAAUCAACAGAUUGUU